GGCUGAAGCAGUGUUGGUUUAUAGCAGAUACGUACAACAUCCAACAGCAGGGAUUGGUGCUUCCAUCAUAGUCUUACGCUCGGUGAGCUUGGACAAGAAUAGGAUAAAAUAUGGGCGUGUGCUUUGGUCAGUGUUCCAAUGGUGAUACCAAGGAAGAACAAGAACGGUCAGAAGAUGAAGACGUCGUCUAUCCUGCAGACGCCUUGCUUGGUCUUCUCGUUGAUGUGACGGACGUUAUUCUAUCCUAUCUCUCGGAGGCUGACCUUUGCCGUUUGGCUCUAGUGCAGCAGAGGUUGGAGGGAGAGAACCAAUCGGGACUGGCUGUGGCGACCUUCAUGCCUGGCCCGUGGCUGGGAGCGUUACGGCACAGUUGUUGACCUGAACCCAGACAAGGGUUUCUUAGAUCACAGCCAUGUCUUGACGGCAAAGAACGCCCAGACAUUGGAACCAACCUGCUAUUGGAAGGCAGUCUUCCUGAAGGCAAUGGUUUUGGAGAUCAAUUGGGCUCAAGCUCAUUCUCACAUGAUAAGUUGUCCUGUUAAGUCUGCUGAUGUGGAAUCAAUCGAGUGCGAUGGAGACUUCGCCGUUAAAGCCGACACCCGUCGCAUUCAGAUAUGGAAUCUGAAGCUGGCGAAGGCAGCAAAGGUGCUCGUUUUCAAACAUCAGGCGGCAUCUUGCUCUGAUCACUCAUAUUGCCAGAGGGUGCUUGUUUCUUGUGGGAUAGGCUUAACCAUCGGUUGCUACGAACAUCCUACGAGAUAUUUCGUCAGGACCUUUGACUGUAAGACUGCAGCCUGGUUGGCAUCGUUUGAGUAUGAGUCGAGGCCAGUGCAAGAAAGCUAUCGGUUGCACGGCAAAACACUGAUCGGACAGCCUUCUGAAACGGGUGAUUUAAGGGAGUUUAGCGUCUGGAGCAGCAUCGCUGGAACACUGCGUCACAUACUGAGUGGCCACGAAACACACAUCAAGGAUCUGGCGCUGUGUGGCGAUAUGGCAGCCAGCGUUGCAGAAAACGUGAAACUAUGGGAUGUGAACAAGGGAGAGUGUCUGCGAAACUUUGAGUGCCAACACCUGGAUGGAAACAGACAGUCGAAGUGUCAACUUAACUCCAGGCAUUUUGCGCUGCUUUUGUCUAAGGAAAGGGAAAGCGAAAGCCUGACUCUCUGGAAUAUUGGAUCGGGAGACUGCUCAACGGUCUCUACGAUCCCAAUCGGAGAUGAUCUAGAUUACGAUUUUGCCUGUGUUCGGCUUGCCCUCAAUGAGUUCGCCGUGGUUCGUUCUUGUCGUUUUCACUAUUACGUUUGGAACGACAAGCUUCAAGUCAUGUUCGAAAGCCAGUCAGCUGGUCGUCUUUUGCUUGCUGGGGCAAGAAUGAUCCGAUACGAUCGCUAUCCACGCAAACGUUUCAUUUAUAGGCUUGGACCCGGUACGAAGAGUUUGGACCUGCUUAGGAAGACCGCGCUGUAUCGAUUUUUAUGUGUGAUCUGGGCCGACGACACCAAAGUUAUUAUGUUCCUUUCCUCUCCCUUUGUCCAUCUCGACCCUUCCUCAGAAGCCUUACAGGUCCUUCAUUUUUGGUAGGGGCAACAGUAGAAUGGGUGUUCACAAAACCCCUAGCUAUUCGAUCUUGAAGCGUAAUUCAAUUUUUUUUGUUUUUACUAGAGAAUUUGUUUUGAGGGCACGAAUCAGUGGGGCAAUUUGUGAUAAAUCCUUGGCAAUAUAUUUACUGUUUUGCAUAGCGGUUCGUGGUUCACGGUGAUUCGAACGCCCUCUCGCGGCAGAUGAUCGUGUAUCCAAAAUACACCGCGUUUUGACCCAAGACUGGCUGACACACUGACACCUGGCUUUUAGACUUGCUUGAGUUUAGGCACGUGUUUGUGUGAGCAAUACUGUGUAUUGUUGAUUUUAGCACAGAUUCUGUGCUGUGCGAUUGCGAUUACGCAGGCAAGUACACUGAAAAUUUGCCUGGGUUAAUUUUACCCAAGUAAGGGUGAAAACUGCAACUACCCAAAAUUGGCUCGUUUUGUUUCAAACAUUAAAGCUGAGUGAUGACUUGAACAAUACAAACAUGAACUUGUAACGAAACUUUUGCAGAUAUAUGCUGCCCUUUCACUCUGUUUCAAAUAAACAGUAAACGUUCAUUAAA